CAUUUUUAACUUUCACUGCAUGCCGUCAAAGACUAUUUGAGUUUGUGGCCUCUCACCCUCAGCUGCCUUUGUGAAGACUUUUUAAUGAUAUCUUUCACACCAACCCUUUUUUCCACUUGUCCUCCUAAAAGGGCUAUCUUUGUUUGGUGCAAAGCCCUCUGCAACCCUUUUCACUGGGAACUUGGAUGUGCAUGUUGCUGCUGCUGUUUCAUGAUCUGGUUGUCAGCUCUGUUUGAAUUUGUGUUCAUUGCUGUUGUGAACUUUGGAAAUUAAUUGGUCUAGUAUGGAGAGGUAUGAGAUUAUGAAAGAUAUUGGGUUUGGGAAUUUUGGGGUGGCCAGGCUGGUCAGAGAUAAGUUGACCAGAGAGCUCUUUGCUGUUAAGUUCAUUGAGAGAGGCCAGAAGAUAGAUGAACAUGUGCAAAGGGAAAUCAUGAACCACAGAUCAUUGAAGCAUCCCAAUAUUGUUCGAUUCAAAGAGGUCCUUUUGACACCAACUCAUCUAGCCAUAGUAAUGGAGUAUGCGGCAGGGGGAGAACUCUUUGGGAGAAUAUGCAAUGCUGGCAGAUUUAGUGAGGAUGAGGCAAGGUUUUUCUUCCAGCAGUUGAUAUCAGGAGUUAGUUAUUGUCAUUCAAUGCAAAUCUGUCAUAGAGACCUUAAGCUUGAAAACACACUCUUAGAUGGCAGCACAGCACCCCGUGUAAAAAUAUGUGAUUUCGGAUACUCAAAGUCAGUAUUGCAUUCUCAGCCAAAAUCUACUGUAGGAACACCAGCUUAUAUAGCACCUGAGGUCCUAUCUAAAAGCAAAUAUGAUGGACAGAUUGCAGAUGUUUGGUCUUGUGGAGUGACCUUAUAUGUGAUGAUAGUUGGAGCAUAUCCCUUUGAAGAUCCUCAAGACCCCAGAAACUUUAGAAAAACAAUUGGGCGGAUACUUAGCGUACAGUACUCAAUUCCAGAUAAUGUCCGAGUUUCCAUCGAAUGUAGACAUCUCUUAUCUCAUAUAUUUGUAGCAGACCCCAAAAAGAGAAUAACAAUCCCAGAAAUUAAAAGCCACCCUUGGUUUGUAAAGAACUUACCUAUGGAAAUGAUGGAAGGAGGAAGCUGGCAGACCCAUGAUGUUAAUAAUCCAUCCCAAAGCAUUGAAGAAGUCCAGUCCAUAAUACAAGAGGCAAGAAAACCAGUCGGGGUACCAAAUGCAGCUCGUAAGCCUCUCAUCGGAAGCAGCAGCAUGGAACUUGAUGAUUUGGAUGCUGAAGAUAUUGAAACAAGUGGUGAUUUUCUAUUGCCAAAUAUGAGUAAUUAAAAUGUGAAUACAAAUUCUACUUGUGAAGUCAUGAGUAUUGGAUUCUUGUGAGGCUCCUUCUUUUGAAUUGGUCUGAUACGUGGCCCUGAAUAAAUGUAUCAUUUUGUAUUUUCUUUAACUCUAAGGUUUUCUCCAAAUAAAGCAUAACAUUAUUUCUUUCGGUUCAAA